AUGACAGCAGCAGCUCCUGGGGCCGACCCGCCCCUGGCUGUACACCAGAGCGCUAACCUCCUUUUGGCGUCAGCAGAAACAUCAGCUGCUACAGCACAUGAGCCUCCUCCACCUUUGCCUGUCUUUGCAUCGGGGAACGCGCAACUGGAGCAGCGGUUGCUGCAGACGUUUGCUGCUCUCAGAAUCCCAAGAGGGCCUCCUGCUGCAACUCCCGGUGCGGCUGCUGCUGGAUCUGUUGCUGCGGACAAUGAAAUCGUAGAGCACCCACGUUCAACAUCUGUCCCACAUGCUGAGGGGCUUCUGGCUGCAAGGCAGACCCCAAGAGCUGCUGCUGCCACCGCUUCAGAGAUGUGCGCAAGCCCAGCAGAGGCGGAUGCAGAAAGAGAAGCACCAGCAACGACGGCGACAGCGCAAGUUACAGCUGCAUGCGCUAGCGACAGCAGUAGGGGGGCGGCGCCAAUCGCUUCCAGUGAGCAGCCAGCGUGCCGAAAUUUAGCAGCAACAGAUUCAGGUGCACGAGAAGCAGAGGCUGCCGUAGCAGCAGCAGGAGCAGCCGGCGGAAAUGACUUUCCUGAAGCACCACGUGGGCGUGGAGUGCAGGAGCAGCAGGGGACAUUGCUGCGACGUCCCGCUGCAGCGAGAGGGGAAUCCCCUGGGGCUUGUAGUGAGGCUACGGAUAGCACGCGGUGUACAGACACUUCAGAAGUUGUCCGGCCGCCGGCAUUUGGCUCAUGGAGGCAUUAUUCCUUAGCAGAUGUUCCAGAAGAGUCGAUGAGCGCUGCAGGCAUGCAAAGAGCCUGUCAGCUCAUGCUGCAGCAACUGCGACGCGCCACUGUAACUGCAGAAACGGCCGCCCCAGGUGCUGCUCCUACUUUUUCUGCUGCUUCUCAGGCCGCUACUGUGGCAGCUGCUACUCCGUUUGCUCCAGCCGCUGCUGGAGAAACAGCAGCAACAGCAGAGGCAGAGCCAGAAGAUCCGCGAGUCCGUGUGGGGCCGCGGAGGCGGGUCUAA